UUCAGACCAAAGUAGCUGCUCAUCGAUAUUUGUUGUCAAUGUCGUCUGCUGUUCUACGCAGGCAAGUUAAGCCAUGGCUUUGGUAAAGCAAAGUUGUAUUAUAGCUGGUCGGUUCGGUAACAGCCGCCUUUGGUUGACACCCAGAUGCAACCCCUAUAUAUAUGCCAGUGGACUCAAAACAGUGGUCAAACCCUUGCCGACAAGGAAUGACAGAAAAACUGAGUUGCUAAAUGACGAUGGCCCUGAUCUGCAAGACUUCCUUUCUGGGGAACUCGCUGAGAAGAGCAACUGGGAAGAGUACAAGGGAAACCUGAAGAGGCAGAAGGGAGAGAGGCUGCGGCUUCCUCCAUGGCUCAAGACAGAGAUCCCUAUUGGGAAGAACUUCAAUAAACUGAAGAAUACAUUGAGAGAUCUCAAUCUGCACACAGUGUGUGAGGAGGCCAAGUGUCCCAACAUAGGAGAGUGCUGGGGGGGAGGGGAGUCGGGCACAGCCACAGCCACCAUUAUGCUGAUGGGCGACACGUGUACGCGUGGGUGCAGGUUCUGCUCUGUGAAGACAGCCCGCCUACCUCCCCCCCUGGACCCAGAUGAGCCCUACAACACAGCCAAGGCCAUAGCGGCCUGGGGGCUGGACUACGUGGUCCUCACCUCCGUAGACAGAGACGAUAUCGCCGAUGGCGGGUCAGAGCACAUUGCUAAGACGGUGGCUAACCUGAAGGAAAGGAACCCUCGGAUCCUGGUGGAAUGCCUCACCCCGGAUUUCCGCGGCGACCUGGCGGCCGUGGAGAAGAUCGCCCUCUCCGGGCUGGACGUGUACGCCCACAACGUGGAGACGGUGCGGGAGCUGCAGAGGCACGUCCGCGACCCCAGGGCCAACAUCGACCAGUCCCUGAGCGUUCUGAGGCACGCCAAGAAGGUCAACCCGCACAUCCUCACCAAGACCUCCGUCAUGCUGGGCCUCGGGGAGACGGAGAAGCAGAUAGAGAGCACCCUGGCAGAGCUGCGGGAGUCGGGGGUGGACUGUCUGACCCUGGGCCAGUACAUGCAGCCCACCAAGCGCCACCUCAAGGUGGAGGAAUACGUGACCCCUGAAAGCUUCGCCCAUUGGGAGACGGUGGGGAAGGACAUGGGCUUUGUGUACACGGCCAGCGGGCCUCUGGUGCGCUCCUCUUACAGAGCAGGAGAGUUCUUCCUGAAGAAUCUGGUGGAGAAGAGGAAAGCAGAAGGGCGCGCUCUCGCCGAGUAACAAACACCACCCAGGGCCGGGGAUGCUGCCCUUUGACCCCUCUUCUUACCCUCACUAGCUCCUCUGUGAUUAGCUGCUUUUUACCAUGUGUUACAAACACCAACGUUUUUUUUUUAAAUAAAACCUAGCCACAGCAAAGAUA